UAUGCCGAACGCACUUUCGCAACGAGGUGGUGCGACAUCACGCCACUCCGCGGCCGUGGCAGUCGCGACGAUACCACUACCACGUUGAACGUUCGUUGUGUUGUGGGUGUGUAAACUCGAACGUCACUCGAUAAUCUGUCGCAACUUUACAACUGAGUACGAGAUCGCGUUCGCGCCAGUACACUAACGUAUUCAGUACAGUAAUCACGCGUCUUUCGUCAUUUGUACCUCGGAGUUUUUACCUUACGUAAAAUUAAUUGGGAAAAAAACCUCAUGACGGUUUAUGUUUCACGUAUUUAAAAAAAAAUUAAGCCUCAACAGUUUUUCUGAAGUAAAACUGUUAUCCUUUGUGUUUUAAGUGAUCAACAUUGGUUAUUGUUUUCUGGGAGUUUUAAUAUAUUCAACUUCAAGCAAACAUAAUGGGGUAAUCGGUGAGACGAACAAACAGAAACAUUGACAUUUGAGUGUAAUUUAAGUGAUAGUGGUAGAUUGUUUAUAGUAAAUGUCAGUGAAGACAAUUAGCGCCAUGUAUUCUAUGAACUAUAUCGGCAAGUUCAUCGCGAACUUUCGCGAUUUCUACAACGAGAUAAACAGCGCGACACUGACGGGUGCCAUCGACGUUGUGGUCGUGGAGCAGCCCGAUGGCAGCUUCACCUGUUCACCAUUCCACGUACGCUUCGGCAAGCUGGGCGUGCUGAGAUCCAGAUUCAAAGUCGUCGAUUUAGAGUUAAACGGUGAACAGCUGAACAUACAUAUGAAGCUCGGUGAAUCGGGCGAAGCAUUUUUUGUGGAGGAAGUCGGGGAAGAUGAGGCGGAGUGCUCGGCUCACCUUGCCACCUCUCCCAUACCGGCCUCGCGUUUCGACGACCUCUACGAGCCUCGCCGCAGAAACUCCCUUUCUGCUGUCGAGCCUGAUCACGGACAGGCUUCUGACUACACAAAACGACGAUACACAGCUGAUGGACAAACUCUGCAGAAACCUAAUUUAAGUAAGCUUAAAGCCAAAGAAGAUCAAGAAACGAAAAAUGAUAAUGAAAAUGAGGCUCUAUUUGAAAUGGAGGGCCUGGAUGAGGUCUCAGUAGACUGGGUCGAUGCAAAGCCGAAGACAUUCGCAGCUACAAAGCUCGGAGAAGCGCAAAGCGAAGCGAAUCAGGUGGUACAAAAGAUAAGUGCUAACAACGACUUCCGUCCUAUCGACGCAGCGCCUGCUAAUCAAGAAGAAGUAAAGCAGAACGGCAACGGAAAGAAGAAAAAGAAGACGAGGAAAGUCAGCACGAAGAAGAAGCAUCAAAGGAAAUCAUCGACAAGCUCAGUUUCGAGUCAGUCAGACCUCGCCAGUUCGGAGCCGCGUAGUUCUCAACCAGCUUCCAUUCAGAAUAAUGCCGAUAUUCACUUCUUUAGUGACACCGAAGCGAAUGCGGCUGCACUUAGCGAAGAGAUGUCAAAUUUGAAGCUAAAUGGAGACAACCGUAUCCCGCUGGCGUUGUCAGAUACAGCGUUCGAGGUCCACGCAGCCUCCAGACAUGCCAAGGGGUCACGGAGCGGCACGCCCGUGCAGUCCGACACAGAAGUUGAACUAUCACGGGCCACAUCUGGCGACAAGUCGUCACAAUCCUGGCGAUGGGGGGAACUACCUGAGCCGCCGCUGAGAGGAGCGAGCGCCGUAUCCCCCGAAUCUUCUGCAUCACCAGCAUCUCCAGCGUCACCCGCUUCGCACGCUGAACCGCUCAGUUCUGACGAAGAGCGGCCCGGAAGACGAGGAGUGCUGAGUGGCAUGUUCCGCUUCAUGUCCACUAAAGAUGCAAACGAAGCGACCACAGAGGGCGUGUACCUUGACGACCUGGAUCGCGGACAAGUCGAUCCAGAUCUCUACUUUCCUAAACAUCACACGGAAAGGUAUCGCUCAGUCAGUGGCGCUGCUCCGCAAACGGGUGGUCCGACUGAGGAGGAAUAUGAAUCAGGGAAUGGACCCUCGCUGCCGCAGUCACCGACAUCAUUAGAACCCCCAGCUAUCGAUUCUGAUGAUGAUGACAAGAUAUUGAGCAAGGGCCAGGUGUCAGUGUACUUGCGCGAGGGCGCGGUGUCGCGCUCGCUGACGUUCGAGGAGUUCUGCGCGCGCGGCGACUCACUGCUGGCGGAGGGGCGGCUGGAGGUGCGCGUGGGGGAGCGCCGGCUGCCCUGGCGGAGUGCCGGCCUCCUCAUACUCUCACUGCUCGCCUAUAGACGACCCCUGCCUAAGCGUAUCCUAGAUGAGGUGGACAAGGCGAGCGGCGGGGCGGGUGUGGGUGUGGGUGUGGGGGGCGGUGGCGAGGUGGAGGGGGGCGCGCGCGCAGGCGGCGAGAGCGCGGACGCGGGCGCCAAGCCGCGCUCCUACUCCUGGUGGAGCUGGCGCCGCUCCAACGCAGACGCCAAGAGAACUGAACCAUCACCAGCAAAAGAAGAAAUUGUCAAAGAGCUAACAGAGUCACAGCAAGCACCGGACACAGCUAAAGAGGUGAAGGUCACCAUCAAUGAGGACCAAGUGGACUCCCCGGACUCCCCGGGAGAGGAACAAGACAGGGACACAGAAGAGACUAACAUUAAUGACGUCAUAGAACCCAUAGAGUUGACCCCGACCGAAGAUGUCGCAGAAGUGUUGCCAGUUACGAAACAAACACAUAUUAAAGAUGACCAAAGGGAGCAAAGUUCGUCUGAUUCUGAGCAGGAGAGUCAUCAGAAACCUUCCAGACGUCAUUCUACAUUCCGCAAAACGUUGCGACUUUCCUCCGACCAAAUUAAAAAGUUGAACCUGCGCGAGGGCAUGAACGAGAUGGUGUUCAGCGUGACGACGGCGUACCAGGGCACGACGCGCUGCAAGUGCAACGUGUUCCGCUGGCGACACGACGACAAGAUCGUCAUCUCUGACAUCGACGGCACCAUCACCAAGUCUGACGUGCUGGGACACAUUUUCCCGCUGGUGGGCAAGGACUGGGCGCAGUCUGGCGUCGCGCAGCUCUUCACCAAGAUCAAGAACAACGGCUACCAGCUGCUCUAUCUGUCCGCGAGGGCCAUAGGACAAGCCAGGGUGACUCGCGAGUACCUGCGGUCGAUCCGUCAGGGCGAGGUGUGUCUGCCGGACGGGCCGCUGCUGCUGAACCCCACCUCGCUGCUGCGCGCCUUCCACCGCGAGGUCAUUGAGAAGAAGCCCGAAGAGUUCAAGAUCCAGUGCCUCGCGGAUAUCAAGGCUCUCUUCCCCCACAACUCCAACCCCUUCUACGCUGGAUACGGGAACAGGGUUAAUGACGUGUGCGCUUACCAAGCUGUGGGCAUUCCCAUCGUGAGGAUCUUCACCAUCAACUACAAGGGCGAGCUGAAGCACGAGCUCACGCAGACAUUCCAAUCCACGUACUCGCAUAUGUCGGUGCUGGUGGACCAGGUGUUCCCGCCGGCGCAGUGCGAGCCGAGCGACGAGUUCUCGCACGCCGUCUACUGGCGCGACCCUCUGCCUCCAGUCACCUUGCCCUCCCCGCCCGCCGCACUCGCCGCGCACCCCGCACCCAAGCACUAGAUGUUACCCCCCACCCCAACACCACUCCCCACCUCCAACAUUGAAGCCAACUCAAACAGACUUCGUAACAAAAUGCCAAUGACUUAUUAUAGGCAAGAUCAAACAUAUGAAUUUAGAUCUUUUGAGGUGUAAAACUGAUUGUAGAGUCAUCCUGAUACUCGUGACUAAAAUGUGAUUCUUAGAAGUUGGAACAUUUUGGCUAUUAACUCUGUCGAUCAACGUGACUGUAAAACCAGUCUAAUGGAGAGGUGCACUGCGCUUCUGACUUUGUGUUGCCAAAAAUGUUAACGCGGAUACUUUGACGUCGAAGUCAACGCACCCAAUAUGAACAUAUCUUACCUGUCCUCUACUAGUUGCAGUAGUGUCUGAGUAAUGUUGACAAAUUCUAGCUAAUAGCGACGUGGUCGAAAGAGCACAUUGACAACUAAAAUUGACUUAACCCUUUCCAUGCUACCUUGACAUUGGCAAUUACUGUAGUCAAGUCCAAAAUAGGCGUACGAUAAGACAUAUGUUAGAUUUAUUACUCACAAUUUUCAUAUGUACCCACUUUAACGUAAUUAACGUAUUACAAAUAAAUAUAACAGUAGUCAUGAUACUUACGUAAAUAAUUAAAUUCACCAAAUCAAUUUAGAAAUAAAUCACAUUUUUCAAUGUUAUAUACUCACAGUUUGUAUUGUAGUAAAAUUUUACAAAUACCCACCGCUACCAAACACAUGCCAAAUCAAAUAUAUAUGUUAAAUUUUGUGUACUCUCACAUCGCAUUCAAUUUAUAAUUGCUUUAGACUAUAGAUGAAUACGAAUUAGGAGUGUCGUAAAAUAUUUUGCUCUUUCUAAUAAUAUAGUUAACUAAGUAGUGUUCUAACAUAAAUAGCCUUUGAGACAAUGCUAGUUGUUCCUAGUUUACAUUUUAUUGAAUAACUUUACUAAAAUUUAGAAGACAUGCAAAUAGAUGCCUUCUGCCAAAUCUAUUGGCUACUACAAUCUAUUGGAUUAUUUAUUUAAUUUGUAAUCUGAUAAAAACAUCUGAACUGACUCCAUUGUUUGUUAAAAUUUAUAAUUUGAAAGGAAUUAUAAAAUUUUAUACAUUUACCUCGUUUACUUCGAUUUGGCGACUGCAUCUUAAAAAUGUUUCUCUUUUAGCAGAAAAACGAUAGCUCAAUGUGUGUGUUAACCUUCAUUGACAAUUCUUUGUUACUUAUUGUGACUUAAAAUUAUUGUUCAGUUUUAUUUCGUUAGAAUUAUUUGUAAUAUUAAAUUUUUAUUUUAAGACAUUUUUGAAGACAAUGUGUGAACUUUGCGGUAAGAGAGAUGCCAUUUGUGUAAGUUGACAUUGACUUUCACAUUACAGACUAAUCAUGUGGCAUGCCUCUAAUAGUUACUCAAAAAGCUAUGGAGUCUUGUUGACUUUCUAGUGUUAAAUAUAAUUUAUUUGUUUUGUGGCUGCGGCACAUCGGUGCUAUUGUAAGGCUAAAGAGCUACCGAUUAGUUAAAAAUACCUUUAUAACUAGCUUAUGCAAUUAAUGACAUAGAUUAGUGUGACAAAAAAACCUUAUACUUUACUAUACAUGGUGUUAUGUUUCACAAUAUACCAUCAGAUUACGUAUAGAGUCGUGUUUGGUUAGCAAAUGUAACUAAUAUGUUGUGAUGUAAGUGAUCUCAAUUUCAUGCGGGUUGUAACGUUUGUUCCUUGCCCUUGCAUUUCAUUAAUGAGUUUGACAUCUACAACAGUUCUAGUGGUACCAAUUUGCUACUUUUAAAAUUGAUUCUGAUCGUAGUAGUAUACAGCAUCUUAUAAAAGAUGAUUCAAGUAGUGAGUUGGUGCCACUAUGAUAGUGAGGUUACGGUAACUCAACAUAUUGCAUACUUAUCACAGCUUUCCCACAAUUAUUCAUUCAUCUUGCCAAUAUUUUUGCAGCUUAAGUACCAAUAAAGUAAAUACGUAUCCGUAGUCCAGUUCGUAUCCUUCAAUAUUACAAUGUUCACUUCAUUAAAAGACUGUUUAUUCCAUAGAUUGCAAAUGUUAUAUGAUUUGCUGUUUACACAAGCUGUGAUGUCGUGGAUUGAUGAAGCGAUGCUUUAUUUUUGUACUGUGAUCAAUAUGUAUGCUAAGUUAUUUUUUUAUGUUAAACUACAACGUUUUACGCAAAACCACAUUCUCGACGGAGGCGUAGCCUCAAAUGUGUUAGUUCUUAUUGUAAUUGAUAUUUUUUAUUAGUGUGUAAUUUUGUAUUUUGUUAUUCAUGUAGGUUUUCGAUUAGUUUCAUUGUGGAUCAUCGGUUUUAAAUGAUUUAUUAUUAAUUUUGUAGCAUAUCUUUUAAAGAGAAUAAUUUAUUGUU